ACUGACAGAGUUCCAGCACUGCAGAUCUCUCUGUCUUCAACCACCCUCGCUUUUUAGUCUGCCGGUGAAAGACAGAAAAACAAGCAGAGCAGGGAGGAGGACAAGUGUGAAGCAAAUCCUCUGUCAGAUGAGAAAAGAGGAAUUCUGCCUUUUCACUGAUCCCAGCACAGAAUUCAGAAGCACCUGCGGCCUGAGUGAGGAUCCCUCCCAUUUGGGAACUGGUGGGCGUGUGACAUCACCCCCCACUCCAUCCCUCCCUCCCUUACUUUCACGUGUCAGACCAAUCAGCGCACAGGGAGAUACGGUCACACGAGAUACCCCCACCAGUCUUGGUUACCAUGGCAACGAGCACUGGUCCAGGCAGCAUCUUGCUGUGGUGAGAAGAGGGGGAGAGAAGGCAGGAGGAGAGGCAGAAAGAGACGGGGAAAGGGAGGGAGGAAAAUAGAAAGAGAACAAAUCCCAGCCAGAGGAAUACCUUUUGGACCUUCAGCUUGUGCCUGUCUUCCCUCUGUACAAAUGAAGAUGCCUGAGGCUGGGAGUUAGAGCCCUCCACCAGAGAGAGCGUGUUCCGCGGCUGGGGCUGGACCCAGAUACCCCUGCCUGGGGGGUGAAGGGCCCUCACAGCCCUGUGUGAGUCUGGACCAUGGGGGAUGGAGGCACUGGUGCAACUGGAGGAGACGGGGUGAAUCGGUCCCAUGUCCUGUUCGACAACUUUGUCCAGGCGACCACGUGUAAGGGCACGCUCAAGGCCUUCCAGGAGCUGUGUGACCACCUGGAAGUCAAGCCCAUCGAUUCCAGGAUCUUCUAUCACAAGCUCAAGUCCAAACUCAAUUACUGGAAGGCCAAGGCACUCUGGGCAAAGUUAGACAAGAGGGCCAGUCAGAAGGAGUACAAGAAGGGCCGUGCAUGUGCCAACUCAAAGUGUCUGAUCAUUGGUGCGGGACCAUGUGGCUUACGUACAGCCAUCGAGCUGGCUUUCCUGGGGGCCAAAGUGGUGCUGCUGGAGAAGAGAGAUGCCUUCUCUAGGAACAAUGUGCUGCACCUCUGGCCCUUUACCAUCCAGGACCUCAGGGGCCUCGGGGCCAAGAAGUUCUAUGGAAAGUUCUGUGCUGGUGCUAUUGAUCAUAUCAGUAUUCGUCAGCUUCAACUUAUGCUGCUCAAAGUGGCUCUCCUGCUGGGCAUUGAGAUCCAUGUCAACGUCGAGUUCAAGGGUCUUAUUGAGCCCCCGGAAGAUCAAGAGACUGAAAGGAUAGGUUGGAGGGCUGAGGUCCACCCGAGGACACACCCUGUCAAUGAGCUAGAGUUUGAUGUCAUCAUUGGAGCAGAUGGAAGGAGAAACACGCUACCAGGGUUUCGGCGUAAGGAGUUCCGGGGCAAGCUUGCCAUUGCCAUCACUGCUAACUUCAUAAACAGGAACACGACAGCAGAGGCAAAGGUUGAGGAGAUCAGCGGGGUGGCCUUCAUCUUCAACCAGAAGUUCUUUCAAGACCUAAGAGAAGCAACAGGUAUUGACCUGGAAAACAUUGUCUACUACAAGGAUGACACGCACUACUUUGUGAUGACUGCCAAAAAACAGAGUCUGCUGGAGAAAGGAGUCAUUCUGCAUGAUUAUGCAGACACAGAGCUGCUGCUGUCCAGGGCUAAUGUGGACCAGGCUGCCCUGCUGUCUUAUGCCCGCGAGGCUGCGGAUUUCUCCACCAACCACCAGCUGCCCACGCUGGACUUUGCCAUCAACCACUACGGCCAGCCCGACGUAGCCAUGUUCGACUUCACCUGCAUGUACGCGUCAGAGAACGCCGCCCUAGUGCGCCAACGCAACGGCCACAAGCUGCUGGUGGCGCUCGUGGGCGACAGCUUGUUGGAGCCCUUCUGGCCCAUGGGCACUGGCAUCGCCCGAGGUUUCCUGGCAGCCAUGGACUCAGGCUGGAUGGUGAAGAGCUGGGCUCAGGGAAAAACCCCUCUUGAGGUUCUGGCUGAGAGGGAGAGUAUAUACCGUCUACUGCCCCAAACCACACCAGAAAACGUCAGUAAGAACUUCAGUCAUUACAGCGUGGAUCCUACCACACGUUAUCCCAACAUUAGCCUUAACUUCCUCAAGCCCAGCCAGGUGAGGCACUUCUUUGACACUGGGGAGUCCAGGGAAAUGCGCAUUGAAAUUGAGAAUGUGAUCAACUCGUCAACACCCAAGUUGGCCAGGAAUGACAAUUGCCUGCUUGACAAGCAGUUGCAAGAAUCCAUAGCUCGGUCCAGUAAACUGCUGAACUGGUGCCAGAGACAAACGGAGGGAUACAGGAACGUUAAUGUAACGGACCUUACUAUGUCUUGGAAGAGCGGUCUGGCCCUGUGCGCCCUCAUUGACCGAUACAGACCGGAUCUCAUUGACUUUGAUUCCCUGGACGAGCGAGACCAGGAGAAGAACAACCAGUUGGGUUUUGACGUGGCAGAGAGGGAAUUUGGCAUCUCGCCCUGCAUGACUGGCAAGGAGAUGUCUUCUGUGGUAGAGCCAGACAAACUCUCUAUGGUCAUGUACCUCAGCCAGUUCUAUGAGAUGUUUAAGGACACAGUGCCACCUGGAGAUAACCACAACUUGAGUCCUGAGGAGAAGGCAGCACUGAUAUCCAGCACCAAAUCUCCCAUCUCUUUCCUCAGCAAACUUGGUCAGAGCAUAGCAAUAUCCAGGAAACGAAAUCCGAAGGACAAAAAAGAGAAGGAUAUAGACGGUUUGGGGAAGAGAAGGAAAACCAGCCAGUCUGAAGAUGAGGAGGUAUCCAGGACAGGUCGUGACGAUAGGCCAUCUGCCCCGGCUAUCCUGUCGGAGAGAAAAAUGGACUCCUCGGCUGUGGGGAAUCACAACAAAGUCAAGGUCAUGGCCAACCAGCUGCUCGCCAAGUUUGAGGAGAAUGCUCCACAGCCUACAGGACUCAAACGACAGGGAGAGUCUCUGCCCAAUCUGGAUCGCCUUUUGCCCCCUACCUCGCCUCAAACCCCUGUGAAUGAGCCAGUGCGUCUUGCACCUGUCCCAGCAUGGAGAAAGGCCAGAAGUGGCGCAGACCAACUGUCCAGCUUGGGCCCUCGGAGCUGCCCAAAGAAAACCAUUCUGCUCCCUUCUUCCUCCUCCACUUCCUCGCUCUCUCUUCACUCAGAGCAUUUGCGUAAAAGUCCAGACGAAGAGGAACUCGAAUACUACGAGAGACCUCUGAAAUACGGGGAGUGGAAGCCGCUGCACCUGACAGACCCAGGACCCAUUCACAUACCUGGUAUACAGGAGAGGGCUGACCGCCUAAUCUCCAAGUUUAAGGGCAAACCUGACAGGCCACCAAAGCCUAAGAAAAAGCCGUCCCAUUUCUUUUUAGAGCAGUGGAACUUGUCCCACGACCUGACUGAGAUCCCUGGUGCACCACUAUCCUCUCCUGACUUCUCCAGAAAGGAGCCUGCAAGGCCUCUGCACUCUGAUGAUCAAAUGCCCUUAUAUGUGCUUAGUAUUCAAGAGAGGGCUGAGCAACUUGCCUCUCAGUUUGAGGGCAAACCAGCCAGACUACAGCCUAAGAAAAAACCCUCAAGUUUUUUUAUGGAACAAUGGCACCUGGCCCGAGCCCACUCUCCCCCUGAUUCUCCCCCCUCCUCAUCUGACACCUUGAGACAGCACUAUGUAAGGAUGUACACAGGCGGAGUUAGCUCAUUGGCUGAGCAGAUAGCCAAUCAGCUUAAGUCUCAGGAAGAUCCUAAGCCCCUACCUGAAAAGAGGGAUUUGGGCUCUCUCAGAAAAGAGUUCCCUGUCAACAUUGGCGGCAGUGAUGUGUGCUUCUUCUGCCGAAAGCGUGUGUACGUGAUGGAGAGGCUGAGUGCGGAGGGGAAGUUCUUCCAUCGCAGCUGCUUUAAGUGUGAAUACUGUGGCACCACACUACGACUGUCCUCCUAUGCCUUUGAUGUGGAGGAUGGGAAAUUUUACUGCAAGCCCCACUACUGUUACCGUCUGUCUGGCUAUGCUCAGAGAAAGAGGCCUGCUCCCUCUCCUGCUCCAAUCACUGCUAAGGAGAACCAGGCGCCCCAAACUCCUACGGCGACCGUGGAUGCCCCCGGAAGGGCGAUGGCAGCGGCAGCCCCCUCGGCCGAGCUCCAGCCCUCAGUACCGGAGGUCAACGGCCUGCAGGAGCCCAGCCUAGCUAAACGUCUGCGGGGAACGCCAGAGCGCAUCGAGUUGGAGAACUACCGCCUGUCCCUGCAGAGGGAGGAGGAGCUGGAGGAGGUGCCAGAAGAGACACUGGCGGAACACAACCUCAGCAGUGUGUUGGACAAGGCCACAGACGCUGACCUGGGCUCCAGUAGCUCAGAGUCAGACAUGGAGGAGGAGGAUGAGCAGGAGGAGCAGGAUCAAGAGGAGGUGGAACAGCAAGCUCCCAGCCCCUCAGACCUCGGCGGCGUUCCCUGGAAGGAUGCGGUAGAGCUCCACGCCAAGCUGAGGGGCGAGGACGGAGAGGGCGAGGCUCUGGCCGACGCAGUCAGCAGAGACGAGGAAGUAGAUGAAGAGGAGGAUGAGGAGGAGGAUGAAGAUGAGGAUGAGGAUGAAGAUGAUGAGGAGUCAAGCGAUGAGGGGGAUUACUGCCCCUGGAAUAGAGAGCUCCAGUCAGGCCUUUGGCUGGAGAAGUACCUCACAGACGAAGAGGAUGUUGGUACAUUUAAAGCCAGGAACCUACAGAUCCAACAAGUCCUGCAGCCUGUGGAUCCCCAGGCCAUUCCAGGUUUGGUGAGAACACACCUGGACUUUGAGGGAGACAAGGAUGGCCAGCCGGCCUCUGCCUCCCAACUCUCCCAACCCUCUGAGCUUACGCAGCCCUCCUCCACAGCCCCUGCCCACACAUCCGCCCGACACGAGGCAGUGAGAGUCUGGUUGGAGUCCAUGUCUGGAGAGCCCUGUGAGGAUGAAGAUCUGGAAGCAGAAGCAGACAGUCCAGAUAUGGAGCCUGGUACAGAGAUGGAUCAGGAUGACAUCCCUUCAGAUGCAGAAGCUGAGGCUCGUUUGCAUCAGUCAGAGUAUGCUGAAGUGCUUUCUGAGGAAGACAAGAAAUCAGAAAGUCUGAGAAUGACCUCCAGUAUUGAACCAUCCAGCGUCAGCCCCAUGCAGAAAGAAGAUGUUGUGCUUUCCCCACUCCAACCACCUCCAGAGCCUGAAACACAGAUAACUCUGGUGAAGUCACCUGGCACCCGCUUUUUCCCAGAUCCCUUCAUACCUGAGGAAACGAAGAGGACAACUCCUUCUCCAGCCGCCAAGAGUCCACUGUGCCCUUCACCUGGUCCAGUCCAGGAUCCUUCCUCCUUCCCUUCUCCUACUCUUGCUGCUGCUUCCCCUGUCAAUGUCCCUGCCUCACCUCCCCCCAUUUCACCCACCAAAUCACCCAUAAGUUCUCCAGUCAAGCAAGCCAUCGAGUCACCUGUCAGAUCACCCAUCAGAUCCCCUGUCAAGUCACCUGUUGGCUCCCCAAUCCGCUCUCAGCCCACUCCCGUGCCGGAGACUUGCAGGCCUAAAUCUCCUGUCUACCCUCACCGCUCCAUUUGCCCUCUCACUGGCAACCCCCUCUCCCCAAUCUGUGCUCAGCCUUUGCCCUGCCAGGAACCUUCGUCGCCUCUCACCUCCGACUCUCCCGUCAGAACUCAGCCUGUCCCCGCAGUCACUUCUACACCCAUGACCAAAACAGACAAGCGCACACCUGAGCCCUCAAUGUCCAUAGAUUCCUCAACAGAGGAAACUCCAUCUAAAAAGGCAGAUAUCAUUGAGGAAUUUUGGUUAAAGAGUGCUGAGAUCAGGAAGAGCCUCGGCCUGUCUCCUUUGGACCGCAGUAGUAAAAUCUUAGAGAAGAGUGUUGUUAAGGCUCCAACGCAGGACUCCACCCCUGUUAAGACACAGUCUCCAGAGGUGUCUGAGGAAAAGAAGCCUGCUUUUACUGGCCGUGCUGUCAUUCGCAGACUCAACAUCACUCUUGAGGGUCAGGUCAUUACCCCCAUUGCUCCUGUGGAGCCCAAGAGUAAUGGCUCUGAUAAGAGGGACCUCAGCAGCAGCUCUGGCUUGGGGUUGAAUGAGAGCAUGGCCACGAGCCAGACAGCAAACAGUGACAGCUACAGCACGUCUGACUCCACCAUGCUCACCCCACCCUCCAGCCCACCACCACCUGUGCCUGCUAAUCAGUCUCCAGCCGUACUCAGGCAGCAGAGACACCAGGUGUCAUGGAGCAACGGAACAGAAAAACCUCCAUCUGAGCAGGGCAAAGAGCCAGCAAAAACCAAGAGUCCUGUUCCUGCUCCGAGGACCCAGCUGAGCCCCGUGUCUGCACCCGCACCCGCACCCAGGAAAGUCUCCUCACCUCAGGCAAAUCCAGAAACAACUCCAGUGGUUGUCAUGAGGGAGAAGAAGAAGAAGCCAAGGCCAGUGGAGGUAAGGAAGUCGUUUGUGGAGACGGUGGAGGAGAUUCCGUUUGCUGAUGACGUGGAGGAGACCUACGAUGAGCGGACACCAGAAACAAGCAUGAACAGGUACUAUACUCCACCCACCAGCAAGCCCAGCAGGGACAAACCUCCCCUGCAUCUGGCUUUAGCAAUGGAAAACGGUAAACCCAAUAUCCCUGUCAACCCAACCUCUAAGAACCAGAGAGCAACUCAGUUCUCCCUAGAGGCCAAGGAGAUCGCUGAGGAGAGGAUAAGGGCCAGAGAAAAGUCCGUCAAGAGCCAGGCUCUAAAAGACGCCAUGGCCAAGCAGCUAAACAAAAUGAAAGAAUCUGACAUAGACAAGGGUGCCUCAGCUAAAGUGGCCUGGAGUGUAACCCCAGAUGCUGCUGGAAAAAGUAAAAAGUCAGCUGGAUCUCCGAAGGCGUCAGCCGUGAAAGCUCUGGAGUCGAAGAAGGCAGAGACUAUACCUGAGCGUUUCUUCAGCAGCAACAAGAGUCUGGACAGUGGCUCAGUGGCUUCGUCAGAUGCCUCCUCUACGAGUAAGACCAAGAAACGAAGUUCUCUCUUCUCGCCGCGCAAGAAUAAGAAGGAGAAAAAAGCCAAAAACGACAGCAGCAGGCUCUCCGGCAGAGACGAGACGCCGCCCAAACACAAGUCAUUGUGGAAGGCUGUCUUCUCAGGGUACAAGAAGGACAAAAAGAAGAAGGAUGAUAAAUCAUGUCCGAGCACGCCAUCCUCGAGUUCCACCACUCAGGACUCUGGGAAGAAGAAAACAUCACCUCUUGGGAGAUCGUCAGAUGAGAAAGACUUGAAAUCACGCAGAAACUUGAGCUUCUCGGAGGACUCAGACCUGUCCUGUGACGAUGUUCUGGAGAGGUCCUCCCAGAAGUCAAAGGCAGAUUCUGUUUAUGUCCCUCACGCACUGGCGUUCAAGAGAUCGUACGCCACAAAGAAAACCUACACAGAAGAAGAGCUGAAUGCUAAGCUGACACGAAGGGUCCAGAAAGCUGCACGACGACAAGCCAAGCAGGAGGAACUCAAGAGGCUGCACAGAGCCCAGAUCAUCCAGAGACAGUUGGAGCAGGUGGAGGAGAAGCAGAGGCAGUUGGAAGAGAGGGGUGUAGCUGUGGAGAAAGCCUUGAGAGGAGAAGCAGGAUUGUAUAAAGGUACUUAUACAUUACCCAAACAGCACAAAAGAAGAUCAGACUAUUGGGGAGAUUCUAAUUACAGUGAAAUCCUGGACUUGCAUCUGGGCGUUGAGCCCUUUGUGGGGAUGCCACGCCGAAGACCUCUCUCCUUCUGCCCCUGCUGUUCCCCUGAAGGGAUGGGCAAGAAGGACGACCCCAAGCUAAUGCAAGAGUGGUUCAAGCUGGUGCAGGAGAAAAAUGCCCUGGUCCGCUAUGAGUCUGAACUCAUGAUAUUUGCCAGAGAGCUGGAGCUGGAGGACCGACAGAGCCGUCUGCAACAGGAACUCAGGGAGCGAAUGGCUGUGGAAGACCACCUGAAGACUGAGAAGGAGCUCGCUCAAGAGAAGCAGAUCCUGAAUGAGAUGUUGGAGGUGGUGGAGCAGCGUGAUGCCCUGGUGGCCCUCUUGGAGGAGCAGAGGCUUCGGGAGAAGGAGGAGGACAAGGACCUGGAGUCCGUUAUGCUCUCCAAAGGCUUCAACCUCAACUGGGUUUAAGAGGAGUGAAAUAAUUGCUCAUCAAGUCCUAGGAAAAAAGUUGACUUGUCUAAUGGUUAACUUUGAUCAGAAUAGUCUGCUGAACACCUGCAGCAGUGAAUGUGUAAAGAUUACCGCAACACACAAACACUAUGGCUGCCUCUGACAUUGGGGCAGUCUGCAACGUUUACAUAUCCUCUGCCCAAAGGCAGUCCAAGUUAAUCACUUUGCAGUUUUGCUUGCUCCCUCUCUCUGUGGGUGGAGAGAGGCGAGUACAUUCACAGCUUUAUCAUCCCAGCCUUGAAGUGGAUCCUCUCAAAUGGGGGGUGGGGUGGGUUGGGGCUUUGGGAGAAUGUUGAAAGACUUGUUUCAUUCUCAAUUAUCUAAAGGGAAGAAUGCAGUUCGGUCCUGCUGAUGUAAAGGAAUUGUAAAGAAUUGUGUUUUUGUGUAUAGUUGUGUAGAACAAGUCACAUUUUCAGCGCAGGACGGUCGUCUUUUCCGAAAAAGGACUGCUACAGAGGUUUGUUUAAAUGCUGGAGUGAUGUCUCCAGUGUCAAUCUCAGAUUCUCCUUUUCAGUCUGACUGUAGGAAGGACAUCCUCUGCUCAAACUGCCUCUCUAUCCAGUGACAAACUGACUUCCGCAUCUUAAUGAACCACAAAGACAACACGAAAGGCUAUUCCCCCCCCCCCCCUUUUUUUUCCCCUCACAGUGUUUAGUAAAUCAACACUAAGAAUCCAUUAAAUAAGGCCAUGUUUUUUAUGUAUUUAUUAUCUUUGUUUGCUUUUAACAGAUACAUUUUUUUUGUUGGUUUUGCAUUCACAGGAGAGUGCCAGGAAUCUCAUUAUCUUGCACUUUUGCAUAUCUCCCAUGCACCCAUAAGCCAUUGCAUGUCAGGAAUGAAGGCUGCAGGCAAAUAGAAGAACUCAACCUAGUCUUUGAUAGCGAGGGCAUAGAAUACAGACUUAGACUAUAUAUGAACAUUUAAGCGUUUCACGUGACUCGAUAAUGAUGGGCCUCUGUGACAUGCUAUUCACUGUAUAUCACACUGAUGGUUAACGUUUACAAAUACUUGUCCGUAUUCAAGAUUGAAUGUUUAUGUUUCCUACUAUGGUAAACUAGCGAGGUAAACCAACUGUUAAGAGUAUUCAUCUUGGAAGGAACUGUCUCUUCAAGAUCAGAUUAGUUUCCUACCAUAUGUGUUAACAUUAGGACAUUAUCGUUGAAUGAAGCUGAUUUCACUGUUGUUAAUGGAUGAUCAGCGUAGCUCACAUUUCUCAUUUUGUGCCACAGGACUGUCUCUCUUGGUGGAUAUGCUGCAAUAUCUGAGGAGUACACCACAACAACUUACACACUAUGAUACACUUACAUCAGUAUAUGGCAGUGUUAAUACUUUACCCUUGAACAAGAUGCCUUUUUAAUUUUCAUUCUCUAUAAGUUAUAUUUUAUUUUUCUGAGUGUACUUGUUUUGGAGGUAGUCACAUCUGUGUUCCCACUGGAACUUGAGAUUUUUUUACUUGUCUUUUUUUUCCUCUCAAAUACUUUUAUCCAGCAUGUCCCAAAACAAACAAGUAGAUGAUUUUAAAUGGGGCACUGAAGAAAUGCAAAGUGCUUUAUGAGCAACUUGUAUCAAACAGGAACAUUAUGGUUUAUCUGGUGGGCAGUCAAAUCUAAUAGCCUUUUUUUAUAACUGUAAAAAUCCAGGUGGUCACUGUUUUACAGCACAGAAACACUAGAGGCUAUAUUUAUGACUUGGUAUGAGCUGUGAAUAAAAAAUUUAAAAAAGUUACAUAAUUUUAAGGGUUGUUGUUUUAGAUGGUGUGUCACACGUUUGACAUGAUUGUAUUGAUAUUUAUUAACAUGUGUGCAAACUGUAUUAUAUGUAAAGAAAAUGAAUCCUAAUUUUUAAAAUGUUCUGUUGACACAUGACUUGUAAUGUAAAUGCUUCAUGUAGCUAAAAUGCAUAGGGGUGUUGGAUGUAUGCUGAAAACGGCAAUAAAACAAUGCAGUUGUUCUUUUAA